AAAAUUAUUAAGUACAAAUACAACAAAAAUAGAUGGUUGUAUAUUGAUUCACUUGAAAACGCCGUUGAGAAAAUAACUUCUCCAAAAUCCAAAUAUAAAAGAAUGAGAUCUCUGUAAUUUCAACUGCUUUCUAUCACAUUUGUAGUAGUAGAGAUGGCGGACGGAAGUACGCAAUCAAGGUACGUGAAGUUGACGAGGGAUCAAACUCCUGCCGAGGAUAUCACUCCCGGUGAACUCAAUCAGCCAAUUCAAGUUCCUCAGUUAAUCAUUCACAGAUGUAUUGAAUGUGGACAACCUUUACCUGAAAGCUACGAGCCUCCUGCUGAUGAAGACUGGACUACCGGUAUUUGUGGCUGUGUUGAAGAUGCAGAGAGUUGCCGCACUGGAUUCUUUUGCCCAUGUGUGUUGUUUGGACACAAUGUCGAAACACUGAGAGACGAUAUUCCUUGGAGCAAUGCAUGUGUUUGUCAUGCCAUGUGUGUUGAAGGUGGACUGGCACUUGCAGCAGCUACGGCAUUCUUCCAUGGUAUUGAUCCUAAGACUUCUUUUCUUAUUUGUGAGGGCCUACUAUUUGCAUGGUGGAUGUGCGGCAUAUAUACUGGCCUGUUUCGACAAUCGUUGCAGAAAAAAUAUCAUCUCAAGAACUCACCGUGUGACCCCUGCCUGGUGCAUUGUUGCAUGCAUUGGUGUGCCUUGUGUCAGGAGCACAGAGAGAUGAGGAACCACCUAUCUGAUAAUGCUGCAAUGCAAAUGACUGUUGUCAACCCUCCACCAGCACAGCAGAUGAACUCCGGUGAAAGCCAAGAAUCUGCUGCAUCCACCGCUCAAUCUUCUAUAAAUGGUGAACCUGCCAAUAUAGAGAUACAAUCUGUGUAGCAUUGAUGGUGCAACAUAACAGCAAUCAUAAAAAGCUUUUCUAAGCUUGUUUUCUUUCCUGUCUUUGAACUGCUGCAACUUAUGCAGGAGACUUGGCAGUUGCUAGCAUAACAAGCUUUUUUUCUUUUAUUCAGUUUCUGGCAAGGUAAAGUAAAAGAGAUUGCCUCACUAUUCUCCAGACUUUGGUGGGUCGAUGACGAUGGUUACACUCCCAGCCUCCACUGAGGAGAGGAAAAACAAACCAGUUUGAAAAUCAAUAAUUGUGGCGUCGUUUUAUAAGCAUACGCAGUCGUACAACCACAAGAUUUAAAAAAAAAAAAAAGUUUGGACCGUUAAAUAAAAGGCUCGCUCAGGCCCAACGGGAAGUUAAUCUGGCCAGAUUUCUCCCAAACACGUUCAAGUUCCUCCAUCCAUGCAUUUCCUUCGUAAACCGUUCGACAAAAUUCCUCAAAGGAGUGCCUUUCCUUCAUACAGUCAUGCUAUAGAACACAUUACUUGCUCAUACCCUUGGCACUGCUACUGUAGGCGCAAAAGACGAUAGCUUUACAAUCAAUAAUUUAAAGGCUAAAAUUCAAUAUAUUCAUUUUUCUUGAAAA